GCGGAAGCGGCGAUUUCCAGCUGUCAAACAGAUUUUGUUAUAACACUUUCAGCUCUGCAUUGAAAGGAAAAUAACACCUGACGUUACCUCAAAAUGGAUAAUCCACGCUGGUUGCCUCUGGAGUCGAAUCCAGAAGUCAUGACCAAGUUUGUCAAUUGCUUGGGUAUGAGACCAACCUGGCAGUUUGGAGAUGUGUACGGAUUGGAUCCAGAGCUUCUCAGCAUGGUACCAAGACCAGUGUGUGCGGUGCUACUUCUCUUCCCAGUGACUGAGAAGUAUGAGGCAUUCAAAGAUGAAGAGGAAAAAAAACUCAUGGGUCAGCGGCAGGAGGUCUCUCCUGACGUCUACUUUGUCAAGCAAACUAUUGGAAACGCCUGCGGAACAAUAGGAUUAAUUCACGCCGUGGCGAACAACCUGGCACACCUGGAAUUUGAGCCCGAUUCUGCUCUUCAGAAGUUUAUUGAAAAAACCUCUAAAAUGACUCCAGAGGAACGGGCUGCUUUUCUGGAAAAGGAUGAGAGUAUACGUGUUACACAUGAAUCCAGCGCACAGGAGGGACAGACUGAGGCUCCAAGUUUAGACGAAAAAGUGAAUCUGCAUUUUAUAGCUUUUGUGAAUGUCGGAGGACAGUUAUAUGAGCUGGAUGGUCGGAAGCCUUUUCCUAUUGUCCAUGGGAAAACUUCAGAGGACACUUUACUUGAGGAUGCCGUGGAGGUUUGUAAGGUCUUCAUGGCUCGCGACCCUCAGGAGGUGCGUUUCACCAUCAUUGCCCUCUCCAAAGAUUCAUACUGACGAAACUCCACCACGACUCCAGAAAAUCAAAGAAAACAUUACUGCCAAACAUUCUCAAGUGCUGAUUUUUUUGGAAAAUUUGUUGGUUUUUUUCUUUCCAAAUACUAAAAUGUCAGGGAUAUCAUGUUGAAGUAAUGUUUCAUUAUUGUCACUUGUUAGGAGUUGGAUAAAAUUCUAAUGGAAUCGGAGAGCUAGAGUGCGAGUAAAAGUAUUUCUUGCCAAGAUCAAAAUCUUCCAGUUUCCCACUGCUGAGUCAUCUCACUAACUGUAACACAGACGUACUACGUUCACACCGCACUUAAAUCUGUUUACACGGCGUGUUUGGCUUUCAGUGAAGAAAGAAAUUUAACAAAUUUUCCACGCAACUGACUUAGCUCUUUUUUUUUUUACUUUGGGUUUAAUGAUACAUACUGUAUGUAGUGAUUUGGUUUUGGUCAUGUGUCCAACCACAUGGUCAAAACCAGCUGAAGAAAUGUAUUUUGCAAGGCUUUAAUUUGAGUCACAGCUUUGAAAAAGCAGAUAGGCCUGAUGCUGAUGUAUGCAGUAACUAUGUUAUGAAAAGCUCUAAAAGUAAAAAGAACGUGCCUCCUGUGAGUGAGGCCGACCGAAAAAUGCAGACUGUACAUCCAUGUGGAAGGUGCCUACAUUUUUGUAACAAGAAUUAGAAAUUCUGUCAAAUAAAAGGCAAAUUUAUUAAA